AUGACUACCGCUACCUCGCUUGCGACCUCAUCCGUAGGAGAAGAGGCUGUCCUCUCUCCCUUGGAACAUUUGCAUAAAAGGAAGGUGGCCCAAACCCUAGCUAACUUUCAAGACACUUUAGCUCAUUGCAUCAAGUUCGCGUUGGAAGAGAGCUGCCCCUUCGAGGAGUUCAAGGAGGACCUGGAUCACGACAUGGUCUUCCUAGUCAAGAAGCUUGGCGCUACUACGGCUAAACCAUACUAUCUGAAGAAACGUGGACUGCCACAUGCGCAUAUCUUGCUAUGGCUUCAUGAAGGUAACAAAUAUCUGACACCUGGUUUGAUUAAUAAGAUCAUUAGUGCUGAGAUUCCGGAUGAGAAAGAAGAUCCAAUUGGGUAUGCAGCAGUUGGUCAAUAUAUGAUGCAUGGACCAUGUGGCAGUAUGUCUCCACAUUCAACAUGUAUGAAGCAUCAAAAAUGUUCAAAGAGGUUUCCAAAAAAAUACAUUUCGGAGUCAAUUAUUGAUGAUGGAGGUUUUCCUAUUUACCGAAGAAGGGAGGAUAAUAGUAAAUGGAUAGAGAAAAAUGGAACAAGAUUGGAUAAUGGUUAUGUCGUACCGUACAACCGAAACUUGAUAGUUAAAUAUCAAUCUCACAUUAACGUAGGGUGGUGUAACAGAGGAAGAUCAAUCAAAUAUUUAUUUAAGUAUGUCACAAAAGGACCAGAUCAUGUUUCUAUUUCUAUUCACAAGGGAAACAAUGAUGGAUCCUCAAAACUAAAAGAAUUAAACCGAGAUGAGAUACAACACUAUCUUGAUUGUAGAUAUGUCUCAGCACCGGAAGGCAUAUGGAGGAUAUUUGGAUUUGAUAUUCAUUACAGAACUCCAGCAGUAGAGAGGCUACCAUUUCAUCUCCCGGAUCAGGAAUCAAUUAUUUUUAAAGAUAAUGAUAAUCUAAAUGACAUUUUGAAUGAUAUUGGAUCAAAGCAAACCAAGUUCAAUGGUUGGAUGGAAGCAAACAAACUUUAUCCAGAGGCAAAAACUCUCACAUAUGCUGAAUUACCAACUAAAUUUGUAUGGAAGAUAGAUGAGAGAAGAUGGAAACCAAGAGAGAAGGGGCGAAGUGUUGGUCGAUUAGUUUACGCCCAUCCUUCUUCGGGUGAAAGAUUUUAUCUCCGUUUAUUACUAAAUGUAGUGAGAGGUCCUACAAGCUAUGCCGAAAUAAAAACCAAAGAUGGAAUUCAGUAUGGAACCUUUAAAGAGACAUGUGUUGCUCUUAGAUUGUUGGAUGAUGACAAUUGA